AUGUCAAUUGAUCUCUCUCUCGACAGAAUUCGCAAUCUGCUGGACCAUUUACCCAUACCAUACACACGACCUACUAUUCACGUAGCCGGCACAAAUGGGAAGGGGAGCGUAUGCGCCUUGGUUGCCUCUAUCCUCUCUGCUGCAUCUCCACCGCUCGUCGUAGGACGAUUCAAUUCGCCUCAUCUACUGUCCCCGCUCGACGGCAUUUUCGUCCGAAACGAGCCUGUUGACAGGCAUAUCUUCAUGGAAGCUCGCGAAGAGGUCCAGCGUAGAAACGAAGAGCACUGUUGUGGCGCGACCAGCUUCGAGAUGUACACCUGCUAUGCGUUGCUGAUCUUCGAGCGCCUGAAGGUUGAUGUCGUCGUUCUCGAGGUCGGCAUGGGAGGUCGCUUGGACGCGACGAACGUCCUCCCGGAUGAGAGCAUCCUGAUAUCUGCACUCACCUCCGUAGACCUCGAUCAUCAAGCAUUCCUCGGUGACACUGUCGAAGCCAUCACACGCGAAAAGGCCGCGAUCGCGAGGCGCGGGAAGCCCUUUGUUGUCGGGCCUCAAGCUCAUCAGCAAGUCGAGGCUGUCGCACGUUCUAUUAUUCACUCCUCUGGAGGGGAGAUAGCCGUCCCGUGCGCGGUCGUCGCUGUCGAUUGGGAUCCUGACCUCGAUGGUGCCCCAGUACCUACUCAAACUGGGAUCCGAGUCCCGCAAUCUCAACCUGUCCAUAUCCACCGACCGUGUCAUGCCGACCCUAUCCGAGCUCUACUCCCCUUGCACGGCGAGCAUCAAUUGGGAAAUUUAGGUACAGCAAUGGGAAUAAUUUCAGCGCUGCAGACGCACCCCGCUUGCGAACGCCCUGGCCUGAACUUCGACCAACGCCUUACGCCGGACGCUAUAUCGCGUGGCAUCCGCGCUACUCGCUGGCCUGGCCGUCUUUCUUAUCACGCAAUUUUGCUCUCACCCGCUUCUUUGGGUACCUCGGCCAUAGCCACACAUGAACAUACAGACCCGGAGAGCUCGCAGAUCCUAGUUCUAGCUGACGGAGCGCACAAUCCUGCGUCGGCCGCGGCGCUUGCGGCGUACAUCACAUCGACACUAGGGAAGUCUGGGGGCGGGCCCGUCGCCCUCACUUACAUCCUCGCGCUCUCGCAUUCCCCACCAAAAACGCCCGAGCAGACGCUCAAGCCGUUACUCGCAAUUCGCGAAGGCCUCCCACACAAACGUGAACUGCGCCUAGGGGUCGCGCUUCUUCCGUUCACCCCGCCGCUGGGCAUGCCUUGGAUCAAGUUUGUGCCACCCUCGGACAUUCGUGCAGCCGUUGAUUCGCUUGUCCCCCCUUCAAGCGAAGCCCCUAUCCCUGUGGAACCUCCCAGGACCGAUCAUGUUGAAGAAGCCCUUCGGUGGGCUGCGAGCCGAAGGCGCCAUGGAGAAGACUCGCUCGUCGUUCUUGCGGGGAGCCUGUACCUUGUGGCCGACUUCUAUAGGCUCCUUCAGGAACUGGGCCAGGCCGGGGAUAUAUGGGGCUCAAGCUGAGGAUGGGGGACGUCCGAUACCGGACGAAGGUCCGAGAAGAGGAGGAGCGUUGAGCCGAGCCGAGCCAGCCGGGUAGGAAACGAGUAGAGGUGGAGGACGAUACGGGAACCCGACGGUUUCCUGCUAACCAUUGAUUGACAUCGCGACAACAUGAUUUGCGGAGAGGCGGCGGAGUGGUUUACGAUUAGGGCUGCGGUGCAAGUGGAGAAUUGGGAACUAGAUCUCCGGCGAGUGAAUACAAAGACUUCCAUGGUUGUGUGUUCGUGUCCCUGUAUCACUCUACGACUGAUGAAUAGAAGCGAC